AUGGUUUUCAACUCCAUCAAGGGGAUAAUUUUCCUCUUUGAAACUGUGUUUGGCAUUGCAGGGAAUAUUCUUGUUUGUGUGAAUUACAUGUGGUGUUUUCAAAAACCCACUGAGAAAAAAUCUAUCUACCCUAUUCUCAUCCAUUUGGCUUUCACAAAUAUCAUAACACUUCUUUCAAAAGGGAUGCCAAAAACAAUAGUAGCUUUUGGUAUGCGAAACAUCCUAGAUGAUAUCAGCUGUAAGAUGGUUGUUUUCCUAGAGAGGGCGUCCCAGGGCCUCUCCAUCUGUACCACCAGUCACCUUACCGUGAUCCAGGCCAUCUCCAUCAGUCCUAAUGCUUCCAAGUGGAAUAGGUUCAAGCCAAGGUCUGCAUGGCACAUCGUUCCAUUUUUUUCUUUCUUUUGGAUACUCAAUUCCUUACUAUGCAUUAACUUGCUCUAUUCUAUCAGAAGUAAAAGCCUGAACAUAUCACAACCUAACAAUACUUAUAAUUGCUACUUUCGACCAGACAACUUGAUAAUGAACUGGAUUUUUCUUAUGCUCAUGGUCCUAAGAGAUGCUGUGUUUCAGGGUAUCAUGGGUGCAGCCAGUGGCUACAUGGUAUUUCUUCUCCAUAAGCAUCACCAGCGUGUUGUCUACCUUCACCAUUCCAAGAUUCUGUACAAAACUCCCCCUGAGAUAAGAGCUGCUAAAAGUGUUCUCCUUCUGAUGUUCUGUUUUCUUUUCUUUUAUUGGAUAGAUUGUGUUUUAUCUGUCUUGUUAAGUUUCUCCUUACAAAAUAACUUCAUGUUAAAUAUUCGAGAAUUUCUCACUCUUGGUUUUGCCAUCUUCAGUCCAGUUGUGCUAAUUCACAGAGAUGGACAUCUGGCUGAAGAUUUGCAAGCCCAGUGGAAGAGAAAGACAUUGAGAAAAUGUCUCUCCCAUAUUAAUCCUGAACCUGAACUGUAUCCAGAAUAUGCAUACCCAAAUGCAACACCAUUUGAUACAGAAGACCUUGAAUUGCUAGACCCACAGAGACUGCAUUUAGCUGAUCAUUACAGGAUAGAGGCCUUUCAGUUUAAACAUUCAUAA